AUGCUUUCCUUCGUGUUUCUGCUCCUGCUUGCUCCGCAUGUGUUGUUCUCCUCGACACAUGUAGCCGUGAUCUCCCCACAGGAUCCAGUGCUGUGUAUCGGUUCCAGCCUGACAGCCACAUGCACACUGAGGCCUGAGCUCGGCCUCCAUGCCAGCACAUUGUACUGGACGCUGAAUGGGAUGCGUCUGCCCAGCAGCACAUUCAGCGUGGCGUCCUCCGACGUGCUGAGUGUCACCCUUCACAACCUGAAUGGCUCCCAGCAGCAGUCUGGAGACAACCUGGUGUGUCACGGAGCAGAUGGACACAUCCUGGGUGGCUCUUGUCUCUAUGUGGGCAUGCCUCCAGAAAAACCGGUCAAUUUAACGUGUUGGUCCCGCAACACGAAGGACCUGAGCUGCAAGUGGAGCCCUGGGGGGCCGGGUGAAACCCACAUCCGAACCAAAUACACCCUCAAGUACAAAUUGAGGUGGUACGGGAGAGAGAAGGAGUGUGAAAAUUACGGCUCGGGGAAGCAGCGGUACUCCUGCUACAUUCCCCGCAACCUCGCCCUCUUCACCCCGUAUGAGAUUUGGGUGGAGGCAACCAAUCAGCUGGGCUCUGCCACCUCUGACAUCACCACCCUGGACAUCCUGGAUGUAGUGACCACAGACCCUCCUGCCAACGUGCAGGUGGGUCGCGUCGGCGACCUCGACGACCAGCUGACGGUCCGCUGGGCCAGCCCCCCCGAGCUCAAGGACAUCCUGUUUCAGGCCAAAUAUCAGAUCCGCUACAGACUAGAGGACAGCACUGAAUGGAAGGUGGUGGAUGAUGUUGGUAACCAGACAUCAUGUCGGCUGGCAGGCCUUCAGCCUGGAACCGUCUAUUUUGUCCAGGUGAGGUGCAACCCAGUUGGCAUCUAUGGCUCAAGAAAGGCCGGUAUCUGGAGUGACUGGAGUCACCCAACUGCCGCCUCCACUCCCAGCAGUGAGCGUCUGCAGAGCGGCUCGUGUGAUCCUAAGCCCGGUGAGCAGAACUCCACCCUGCGGCGGGAACUCAAGCAGUUCUUCGGCUGGGUCCGCAAGCAUGCGUACGGCUGCAGCGGCAUGUCAAUCAAACUAUAUGAUCAAUGGCGGGUGUGGCUGCAGAAAUCGCACAGAACGCGCAACCAGGUAGAUUCUACAAGACGAUAAUUCAUAGCACCACUGCUCAGCACCGCUGUGGUGUUUAAUUCAAGAACAGCAUCAAGGAACACUGACAGAUAACUGGCCCCGAGUGUCCCAGCUGUGCGAGAGGUCCAACGGCCCGGCCGAGGGACACUGCAGUGUUUGGUCAUCAGCCUUGAGUUUAAAGGGCCCGGCUGGAAGACAACUGAAGUGAGACAAUGCAGCCUUUUUCUGCCAUUUCCGCUCGCCAAAUCUGUCUUUGCACAAACUCUUACAUUUAG